AUUUUACUUUUCGUUUUUCUUUCUCUCUCUUCCAGACGGCUUCCAGACUUUUUACCCCAAACCCCUCCACACACUUCUCUAUCGCCCCACGCCUACAACUUCACCACGAAGCCCUACUUUUCCACCUCCACAAACCCUACCAGAAUUGCCAUGGCUGAGACCUCCAUCGAUUCCCUGAAAGCAGUUUUAGCCCAGAAGCGAGCCUCAGCAGAAGCUCAGGGCCAAGCAAUUCGUUUCUUGAAGGCUAGCGGCGCAAGCCCAUCAGAGGUGGAAUCAACCUUGAACUCGCUCAAGGCCAUGAAAGUGGAGGUCGAAGUGCUCUCUAAGGAGCUCAAUUCUAGGGUUUCGGAGAAUGGAGGUGGUAAUAGGGACGCUUUUAGGCAGGGUGUGGUGAAUGCUCUAGAGAGAAGGCUGUUUUAUAUUCCAUCUUUCAAGAUUUAUAGGGGUGUUGCGGGGUUGUAUGAUUAUGGGCCACCGGGUUGUGCAGUCAAGUCUAAUGUUCUAGGUUUUUGGCGUGAGCACUUUGUCCUAGAGGAAAACAUGUUGGAAGUGGACUGUCCUUGUGUGACUCCUGAAGUUGUGUUAAAAGCUUCAGGUCAUGUCGACAAAUUUACAGAUCUUAUGGUAAAGGAUGAGAAAACAGGUACAUGUUACAGAGCAGAUCACUUGCUCAAGGACUUUUGCAAGGAUAAGCUUGAGAAGGACCUCACUUUACCUGAGGAAAAGGCCAUGGAAUAUAAGCGCGUUAUGGCGACUUUGGAUGACCUCUCUGCCAAGGAAUUGGGUUCAAAACUCAAGGAGUAUGGUAUAGUUGCGCCAGAUACGAAGAAUCCUCUCUCAGAUCCAUACCCUUUUAAUUUGAUGUUCGCGACCUCUAUAGGCCCUUCUGGCCUGAGUCCUGGGUACAUGCGCCCCGAGACUGCCCAAGGUAUAUUUGUCAAUUUCAAGGAUCUGUACUAUUACAAUGGUAACAAGCUUCCUUUUGCCGCAGCGCAAAUUGGUCAGGCUUUCAGAAAUGAGAUAUCUCCUCGACAAGGUCUCCUAAGGGUUCGGGAGUUCACCUUAGCCGAGAUUGAGCAUUUUGUGGACCCUGAUGAUAAAUCUCAUCCAAAAUUUAAGGAUGUAUCUAAUCUGGAAUUCUUCAUGUACCCAAGAGAUGAGCAAAAGGAGGCAAAACCAUUUAAGAAGCUCCAGCUUGGUGAUGCAGUUAAAAAGGUUCCUGUACCUUUAAUGGUUUUAUUGAUAAGGACGGGAGGCGUCCAAAGUAGCAAAUGUGUGGGAAUCAUCAACAAUGAGACAUUGGGUUAUUUCAUGGGGAGGACAUACCUUUUCAUGACGUCUCUUGGGAUUGACAAAGAACGAUUGCGCUUUAGGCAGCAUAUGGCCAAUGAAAUGGCUCACUAUGCUGCAGAUUGUUGGGACGCUGAAAUUGAGUCCUCUUAUGGCUGGAUUGAGUGUGUUGGUAUUGCAGAUCGCUCUGCAUAUGAUCUCCGUGCUCACACAGAGAAAAGUGGUGUCCAGCUAGUUGCUCAAGAGAAAUUUGCAGAACCUAGAGAAGUAGAGAAAUUGGUUAUCACCCCAUCAAAGAAGGAGGUUGGGCUGGUUUUCAAGGGCAAUCAAAAGAAAGUGAUUGAAGCACUUGAGGUCAUGAAAGAAGCAGAGGCUAUGGAAGUGAAGGCCAACUUAGAAGCCAAAGGGGAGGUGGAAUUCUUUGUCUGCACCCUUGGGCAAUCUGUCACCCUAACAAAGAACAUGGUCUCUAUCUCUAAAGAGAAAAAGAAGGAACAUCAAAAGGUUUUCACUCCUUCUGUGAUUGAACCAUCAUUUGGGAUAGGCCGUAUCAUAUACUGCCUUUUUGAGCAUUCCUUCUACACUAGACCGAACAAAGCUGGAGAUGAACAGUGCAAUGUGUUUAAGUUCCCUCCCCUGGUGGCUCCCAUUAAGUGCACUGUUUUCCCGUUGAUUCAAAAACCAGAAUAUGAAGAAGUUGCUAAACUUAUCUCCAAGGCCUUGACACGUGCUCGCAUAUCUCAUAAGAUUGACAUAACUGGUACCUCUAUUGGGAAGCGCUAUGCUAGAACUGAUGAACUGGGGGUUCCAUUUGCUAUCACUGUGGACUCAUCGAACUCUGUGACAGUUCGAGAGAGAGACUCUAAGGAUCAGGUUCGUGUUAGCGUGGACGAAGUAGCAGCAGUUGUGAAGGACGUGACAGAUGGGGAUAGCACUUGGGCAGAUAUCCUUUCAAGAUACCCUUUACAUUCAUCCUCUUCAUCAGAUGAAUGAGUUCUCAUUGGGGAGAUUCAUUCCAAGAGUUAGGAAACAAUUUCUUCCCUUUUUUAUGUAAGAGAGAACAGUUUUGUAUACUCAUUUUGCGUUUUCCUUACAAGCUGAGAUGGGUUUUAGUUUCUUGACUUUUUUUUUUUUGGUUAUAACGAUCUGUGAUAGCUUUUCAGCAAACAAUUUACUCUUGUCGGUUAUCAAUGACCAAAAAAUAGGUUUUAGUUUCUUGACUU